AGCAACUGUGGUGCUGGUGAUCGAUGCUGGACUUUCCUGAUGGAUUUCCCAGGGGGCAGGCAUUUGGAUCUAGUCUUCGUUCUAUGUCUUAUAGCAUCACACUUUCCUCCAGAACGAACAGGUUUCAACGACAGGUUUCGGACGAGACACGAUCAGGUGGCGUCGAGCCGAAGAGGGGUUUGACUUCGUGCCCAUGACGACCUUCUGGGUGAGCUUCGCGCGAUUUCCUCACAUGUACGUGAUUUGCUCGCCAUUUCAGCAACCAUCCAACCAGGGGUGGAUUACGAGUCCCAGACCGCCUCUGCUAAAAUCUAACGAUGCAAUUCGGCGUACGUGUUUAAGUCUAAGUGGUUCCUAUCCAACAUUUAUGGCGGCACGACGUCCAAAUAUAUUCUUUCAGUCCUAAGCGACCGAGAAAUAGUCAACGAGCGUACUCUGUUGUACAGGGCCUUCCGAGGCCCAUUGGAAAUGUCUGAUGUCCUGCGAAAGUGAACGGGAAGCAUCAUUCCCGAUCGACCGCUUCUCGGACCAGCAUCAACUGCAAGGAGACAUCGGCGGAUAUAACAAGCUGGCAAUCAAGGCAUCGGAAUCGUAGUUCUCGAGGUCAGUGCAGGGAGAAUUUGAUAUCUGUAGGAGCUGAGUCGACUGACUGGCUGACUGACAUUGCGGAAGCAGCCAUGACGAAGGUGGCACAGAUUGCACUGGGAAGUGCGGGCAUGAGAGUUUCAGCGCUGGGGCUGGGGUGUAUGGGUAUGAGUGCUUUCUAUGGUCCUCCUAAGCCGGAUGGCGAGAUGAUCGAGCUCGUACACAAGGCGGUGGAGCUGGGCGUCACAAUGCUGGACACUUCUGAUGUCUACGGAGACCACACUAACGAAAUUCUCCUCGGGAAGGCGUUGAAAGGAAUCAGGGAGAAGGUACAGAUUGCUACAAAGUUUGGAUUUCAGUGGGGGAAGCCCGGAGUCAGAGGGGAUCCCGAGUACGUGCGAUCUGCGUGCGAGGCAAGCCUGAAGAGUUUGGAUGUGGAUUACAUCGACCUUUACUAUCAGCACAGAGUUGACAACAAAGUUCCGAUCGAAGUAACUAUGGGAGCUCUGAAGGAGUUAGUGGAGGAGGGGAAAAUCAAGUACGUCGGACUUUCUGAAGCAUCUGCAGCAGAUAUCCGCCGGGCUCAUGCUGUGCAUCCAGUGACCGCCGUUCAGCUCGAGUAUUCGCUGUGGUGUCGUGACGCGGAGAAGGAGAUCAUACCAACUUGCCAAGAGUUGGGCAUUGGGAUUGUGGCGUACAGCCCGCUGGGAAACGGGUUCUUCUCCGGAUUGAAAGUGAACGAGCUAGCCGAGGGCGAUGCAAGGGCGACUCGAAUUGCGAAGCUCGCUGACGGAAAUUACGAGAAAAACAAGGUUUUCUUCGAGCGAUUAUGUGAAAUGGGUGCAGAAAAGAAGUGUACAUCUGGUCAGCUCGCUCUUGCAUGGGUUCGACACAAGGGAGUGGUAGCGAUUCCCGGUACAACGAAGUUGAAAAACCUGGAGGAGAAUAUUGACUCCUUACGAGUUCAACUCAGUCCUGAAGCAGUACAGGAAAUAGAGACGGCUGUGCCUCAUGAGCAAUUUCAGGGUGAGAGGCCAUCACAGAUAAACAUCAGUCCUCCUCUCGAUACAUGGACAGGUCGUAGGCAAGACUAAACUAGUCAGAUCCUGUUUCCACAGGAAGAGGGAGAGAAAGCUCUCGUUGAUGAGAGGCAUCAUAAGAUGCUUACGAUGCUUCUCAUCAACGAGGACCAUGGUCAUUGUCCCUCGUAAACUCCCCAUCUGUACAAACUAAGGUUGAAGUCGCACAGUGAGAACAGAGCGGCUAAUACGCGCUGAUUCUCAGCCUCUGCCGCUAGUUUCGGUUUUUCCAUCUGCCACAUACUUGCCAGGGUAUCCCUAUGCCACCAUCAGGUUCCAAUUUACGAAGGCUUACUGGCGGUAACAUAUCAUGAUCAGGGUGUACUGGGGACAGUUUAUUAGACUGAUUGUGAAAUGAAGCUUUAAGUAAAUAUCGUAAAUUAGUCUUCGAAAUGUAGGGAAUGUAACAAUGUCUAUCAAAAGUCUACUGCACGUUUCAUGUUUCAUGUUUGCAAUUUAUCUUUUAUAAAAUCACUCCACAUGGAAAAACGA